AUGUGCUUUGUCACUCCAGUAAGUGAUGAUAAGAUCCUGCAGCUCUCACCUGGCUGUGUAACUGCUGUCCCCACUGUGCAUACGGAGGAUAUGCCUCCAGUUUUUCCUUGCCUGAGUCCUGCUCUUCCUCCAGAGAGAGGCCCAGGACAGAGAAGCACCCGCUUCUUCCUGAAGGCCAGGCCCCAGGAAGUGGAACUCAUCACGGUGAUGGCAGAUGGAGCCACGCAGAUAACUUUUUGUGUGGAAGUUGAACAUCAUCUUCUUCAGGAGAGUUUGAUUAAGCCUGAUGGACAAAGUGGGAAAGAGAUUCAGAUGGAGAAGGAUUCUGUAAAAGUGACAGAGAUCACUCAGACAACAGGGAGAAAUACCUCUCAGAGAAACCAUCCAGGGAAGAAAUAUUAUCAAUGUAACAAAUGUGAGAAGUUCUUCCAUUUCCAGUCAGAACUUAGGCACCAUCAUAGACAUCACAGUGGAGAAAAGCCUUAUGAAUGUAGUGAAUGUGGAAGAGCCUUUGGUGAUAUUUCAUCCCUUAUUAAACAUCAGAGAACUCACACUGGAGAAAAGCCCUAUGAAUUCAGUGAGUGUGGCAGAGCCUUCAGCCAGAGCUCAUCUCUUGUUCUCCAUUAUCGAUUUUAUACGGGAGAGAAACCUUACAAAUGUAAUGAGUGUGGGAGAGCCUUUGGUCAUACUUCCUCCCUUAUCAAACACUGGAGGACUCAUACUGGAGAAAAACCCUACGAAUGCAAGGAAUGUGGAAGAGCUUUUCAUCAGAUUUCCUCACUUAUUAAGCAUCAGCGAAUUCAUACAGGAGAAAAACCCUAUGAAUGCAGUGAAUGUGGGAGGACCUUCAGCCAGAGCUCAUCGCUUGUUCUCCAUUAUCGAUUUCAUACAGGAGAGAAGCCUUACAAAUGUAACGAGUGUGGGAGAGCCUUUAGUCACACUUCCUCCCUUAUCAAACACCAGAGGACUCAUACUGGAGAAAAACCUUACAAGUGCAAGGAGUGUGGGAGAGCCUUCAGCCAGAGCUCAUCUCUCAUUGUACAUUACAGAUUUCAUACUGGAGAGAAACCCUACCAGUGUAAUAAAUGUGGCAGAGCCUUCAGCCAGAGCUCAUCACUCACUCAACAUUAUUGA